AUCAUGAACAGUUUCGUCAACGACAUCUUUGAACGUAUCGCAGCUGAGGCAUCCAGACUUGCGCACUACAAUAAACGUUCCACCAUCACUUCCCGGGAAAUUCAAACUGCAGUGCGUCUUCUAUUGCCCGGUGAAUUGGCCAAGCACGCCGUCAGUGAAGGAACCAAAGCCGUCACCAAGUACACUAGCUCUAAAUAA